CGAGAGAAUCAAAUGGCAAAGGAGUUAAAGACAUUGGAAGCGACAAUGGAGAAACUGCAAAAUAGCAACCAUAAAAAGGAAGAACCGCCUGUCCGAGCCACUCCACGACCGGAGGGGCGGGAGAAAGGAGGCCCUAGUCCAAAACGGGUGUGGAAUGAUAAGGCUUGCAUGUAUUGUGGUGAUGAAGACCACAGGAAGAGGGACUGCCAAGCCAUGCUAGAUGCAUUAAAGGAAGGAAUCAUUGAGUUAGAUGAUAGAAAAUAUGUGAUGUGGGCAGAUGAAGGGAAUCCUGUGCCCUUCUUGCCUUCCAUGAAGAUUAAUGUUGAUAUCCGAAGAAGGAGAAUGAAUGAGGCGAACGCUAAACAGCCACAAGCGUCCUUAGCAACGAAGGUUUCCCGGGUAACCUUCGAAGAUGAGAUUGAUGAGGCACCUGAGAGCCCGGGGAUAGGGAUUUUGUCUAUUAAAUUUGAGGAAACGAUGAGCAAUAGCGAGGCUUUCGUCUAUACUCAAGGAGUUGGGGAGUCGAGUAACGAGAAGAAAGAGGAUCCAGAUCAACCAAUGACGGAUGAGCAAGUGGAGUCGCCCAAGUCGCCCCUGUCCCCUAGGAAAAGGGGGCCUAAGAAAUUCCAGUUAAAAAGCACGUUGGACGAAGUGGACCUAAGAGAACCAUUAAGAAGAGCGAUGGACAUGCCCAUCCCCAUCACCCUUAAGGAAUUCAUAGCCGAAUGUGGUCCCACGAGGGAUGAACUAAUAGGGAUGAUGCAAAAAGCUAAGGUGCCACUACCAGAAGCGACGGUAGCUGGAGGCUGUAAAGUAGAGGCGAAGACUUUUAUAUUAACCGUGGAAAAAGGGAUGGAGAAAGAUGGAGAGACUAUUGAGGGUGAGAACAGUUACUUCUACGUCCUUGGUAGUGGAAAACUAAAUGCCACUGUGAAUGGAGUUAGGAUGGAGGCUAUUGUGGAUGAUGGGUCAGAAUCUACUGUGUGCGAAGAUAAGGUAGCCCGGAAACUGGGGCUAGAAGUGGAUAGGAGUGUUGCCAUGACCAUGGUAUCGGCUAACAAGUUGAGGCAACCAGCGCUUGAGGGAUGUCAUAAGGCCAGGGUGGUGGUGGCUGGAGUCGAGGCCACCGUGCCAGUUUUCAUGGCGGAACAUUGUUCAUCACAGCUAAUCCUUGGGAGGACUUGGCUAACACAUGUCAAUGCCACUGCCGAGAAUAAGCGGGAUGGAAGUUAGACAGUCACCAUAGAUGGGCCCGAGGGCAGCAGGGUUACACUAAAGACUGUGAAUGAGUUUGAUAAACGUCACAAGGUUUC